GUUUAAGUGGCUUGGGUGGCGACUAGCUUGAACUUUAGCAAACGGUGCUAGCUCGGAUGAGAAUGCGACGGCAGCAUCGUCUCUAGUUUCUAGUUAUACACGUCCUUUACAGAAGGUUCGGGGUUGUAGCUUUUCGGCAAACAAGAAAAACAAAAAGGGCGAUCACUGGGUCCGUUGGUUUGAAGUGUUUUUCCGGUCCACGCCUUGACGUUUGCUAAAUCUGACCUCGCUGACGCUGCACCAUGGCAACCACAGGCUGCACUGCGCCAUCUCCGCCACAGUGUCGCUACACUCAAACGAGUUCAGUCUGUCUAUUAAUUCCUUUUUUUUUCUGCUUUAGACAAGUUCAAAAUCGGUGUUGUUAACAGUUUGCUGACAGACGUUUCCAGUACAUUUCAUUUCUUUAACGCAAUUUGAGCGGAAGUUCGAAUCUUUCAAAUCUUAUUGUGAAGGGCUGAAUCGGAAGCGGUGCGCUUGUGCUUGACAUCCCACACUCGCCUGAAUACACCAUGGCUCCUUUUAAAUACUGGAGACGCGACUCGUCCUCCACUUGAAACUCGCUUUUCUGCGCCAAUCGUCUGUGAUCACUUGGAAGACAACCACGCACGGUUUAUUUUUCGUCGCAUGUCAAACAAAAAUUGCGUCGAAAAAUAAUGGUUAUCAAGGUUUACGUCGCGUCCUCAAGUGGCUCUAUCGCGGUGAAGAAGCACCAGCAGGAGGUGGUGGACUUCCUGGAGGCCAACCGAAUCAGCUUCCUGGAAGUGGACAUCACCAUGCUGGAGGAGGAGCGGCUGUGGAUGUUCCGCAACAUCCCGCCGGAGAAGCGACCCGAGAAGGGAAACCCUCUUCCUCCUCAGAUCUUCAACCAGGAUCAGUACUGUGGGGACUAUGAAGACUUCUUCCUGUCAAAGGAGGACAACACCGUGUUCGCCUUCCUCGGCCUCGGGCCCCGACCCUCUUUCAAAGAUUCAGAGUCGUAGAGAAACACGGGGAGAAGAUGGAGAAACAUCAGCUGUUAUGGACGCCCUGAGGAUGACUUGACUACACCUUAUAGGCCAAGCCAGUGUGUCGGGACAGAGUCUGGACCGAGCAUUUGAAAGAUGACUUUCUGACAUGACACUUUUGGUCCUCCGAAGAAACAUGCCGCUCCCACUGUUUCGGAGGUUGAUUUGCGACUGGAGCUGCGAAGCUGAUACACUGCCAAGACACUUACUGUCAUUGUUUUCUAAUAAGAGACAAAAUAGAUGUCUGCAAAUAUAUAUGUGGAAAAAACUGUCUCAGGUAGAGGUCUCAAAAACAGCCCAAACUGAACUGCUGGAUAAAACAGUGAGCGAAAAACACGCUGGCAUUUGGUUCUAUGUAUGUGUGUUACUCCAAGCCCUUUUUAUCUGCUCCUAUAACUAAAAGCGAUACAAAUUUAGGAGAAACCGUAAUUAUAUUUAUUGAGAUGUGGAGAUAAACAACAGUUUUCUCAAAGCUAUUUCAUACAGUCCAUCAACAACAGCCAAACAUUUUAAAAACAGCAUCCUUUAAGAGUCAAAAAUGACUUUUGCCAAUGCUGAACUGUACAGACCACAUGAUAUUCAUAUGCUGGUGUGUGGUGGGAAUGUUCAAUUCAUUUUCAAAAAGCCAAAUAUUUUGAAUUUGUUUUCCUCAUUAUUCAGAACAGUAGUGGAAAAUAUCGAGCUAUAUUUCGGCAUUUAAGACUCUAAUAGAAGGAUUAACGUUAUACAGUUUAACUCUUUCUUCUCUUGGAUUAUUGGACUCAAAAGCGCCACAGUGUCAUGCGCUUAUUAUUAUUUAUUUUCUGUUUCCUGCCUUUCUAAUGUGUCUGAUGCUCCCUGAAACGCUGUGUCCCCGCCUGCUGCAGUUUUGCUGGCUCGU